GUCGAUUUCGCUGGAGUCACGAAUAUUGCGCUGGUAAAUUUCCUGUACAUAGUGCUGCUUCAAAGAUGAACUGAAGUUUAUGUCUUCUAUGUGUGCAUUGGCAAUGGCAUGUGGCUCAACAAGACUUCACACACGAAAGUUCUCAAAUAGAAGAGGGAAUCAAUGUUCAUCCGCUGGCCCGAGCCCGAACCAGGCCAAUCAACAUGCUGGCCCGAGCCCGGCCCGGGCCCACAGUCAAAAGUCCGAGCCCAUCCCAGGCCUGGGCUUUCGGCUCGGCAAAGUCUGCGGAUCUGGUUAUGCUUCCUGUACGAGACAGAUCACGAAGCGGUUGCUGACUGACCAGUUGGGGCGAAAAUUUUUGUGGGAAGGACGUAAGAGAAAGUUGACAUUCAGGAACCUUCACCUUGCUGAGUGCAUCAUAAAUGCAGUGCAGAGCUGCCAUAAAUGUGAAGACUUCAAGGUAGAAACCAUGGUCACGGAUUAACUUCGCCACGCACCUGCCUGACAUCAGUCAUAUCAAAUGG